GAUGAAAAAAAAUCCAAUAUAUCCAUUUACAAUAUCAGAGGAGGGUAUUUAUAUUCUAACAUCUUCAACAACUUGGGAUACGGUUAGAAAUUUUAAUCUGUUAAUAGGCCUAAUUAUCUUCUCAGUUCUAAGGGUAUUUUUAAAGACAUCGAAUGGUCUUGACGACUACAUAACAGUAUCGGUAUUGUAUGGUUUAUACUUGGUUAUGCGGCUUAUUUGGUGCAUAGAGGGUAGAACGAUAAUUAUAGAUCACAAUUGUCGUCGAUACGAAUAUUAUAAAGGAGAGAGUUUAAUUUAUAGAGGACACCUUCAUAAUGUAUUUGUUCGAUUAAAAGGAGUUGAAGCUGCUGCCGGAGAAUUCUACUUUAAAGUUACACUCGGAGGUUUUUUGGUAGAAGAAUACGACAUAACAAACUAUUCUGACAAAUGUGAUCAGUUAAAGGUAUUGGCUAGACAAUUAUCCAAAAACCUUGACCUAAAUUUUAUUGAUUAUAAAAAUGUAUCAAGACAACAUAUUAUACGCCAUCUUUGUCCUUAUUUCCUUAAAAGUAUUCGGAAAUCUAUCAGGGAUUAUAGCGAUUAUGAUUAUAUAACACUUAGUGAGCCUAUUAGAAAAAAUGAGUACAAUCUAACUUCCUUUUCUUCAACUUCUAGCGACAUUAGCAAAUGUCAAGGUAACAAGAUGGAUAAAGAUAAAAAUAUAGUUAAUCUUUCCACUAAUGAUAUUAAAUACGAGUCCUUUGAUAAUUUCAUUGAAAAAGAGCCAUUUCCUGAAAUUCUAAAUGAGGGUAAUAACAAUCGAGCGUUUGAAAUGUACGAAUUAAUUGAUAAUGUAGAAGGAAAUAAUGACCAAAGAAUAUAUAAACCUAUUCAUAACGACGAUGACUUAAUUAAAUGUCAAUUAUCUUCCAAUACUUUGACCUAUACGUAUUCUUAUUAUGAAAACGAUCAAUUAGCCAAUCUUCAAUCAGUUAGUACAAUUUCUAUUGGAAAUUUAACAACUAGAACGAAUUCUUCAAUCUUCAAAGAAGAUGAUAUUCUUGAUUAUAGCUUUUCCGACUUCACACAAGCUAUUUCCUCCGAUCUCUCCACCUCUGAAGACAGUAUGAAGUUUGAUUCGUUUUCAGAUGUCAGUUCUUUGUCAACCGACUAUUCAAUGCCGUCAGAAUAUCCUUCUGAAGUGGAGGGUGGGCAACACGAAGUUGAGUAUCACAUGGAUCAACCUUUAGAAAAUCAAACAGGGAAUAGCAUAUCUGAGCCACUUUCACUCCUAGAUAUGGAUUUCACAGAUGAUGACUCGAAAGGAUUCGAUGAACCAGACGGAAUUAUUAAAGAGUGGCUAUCUGACGAUUUGGAAACGGACUCAUUUUCAUCAGGACAAACGUUAGAUUCAUUGACUCAUACUUUAGUUACAACUUAUACAUAUACGUACGAACCUUCAAUUGCGGAUAGUGAAGGAUCGUUGGAUGAUAUAAACGAUAUUGAAGAAUUGUGA